GCGCAUCGCGUCGCAUAAGUUCUGUUCUGAACAGUCGCGUUUUUGCGGAACGGGGGUCGAUCGAAAGCUCCUAAAACGAAACGGCCGGGGAGGCCCGAAAUCAGCGGGGGGUUGGUCGCGAGAUCGUCGUGGUACAUCGCCCGCCAUUGUCGGUGAUUGUCGGUGGGGGAGCCACCUGGUCUCGGAUUUUACGAGGGGGAGAGAAGAAGAGAUGGAUGAGAGGGGGAUGGGUAACAAGGGUGAUCGUGUGCCGCGGGAGGGGUGCUAAGGAAAUCACGUAUUGACGCGUCUGCGUGGUCACGCCGGCGCGUUGCUGUCAUAGAGGGUGCGUCGUGGAGGGGCAAGAGGGUGAGAGAGUGGCAGAGUGGUGGAAGGAUAGGUACUGAAGACCCUCUCUCGCGGGGGUCAGGCCAGCCUCGAUCGCUCAAUAUUCAACCCUUCGCCGGACGAGAGCGCCCGACAGCAGCGGCUCCUCCAGACGGGGGCACGAAUCGACCGUUCCUUCUUUUGCGCCCUCGCCCGCGGAGCUGUUCGAUCGCGGCCAACGUUCCGCCGGAGGAAGGAAGUCCUCGAGCCCUCGAGAGGGAUCAGCACGCUCUUCGGGUGGCAGCGCGUUCUUCUCUUACAUCUUCUGCUGUCGCCCGGAGUUCCACCCUUUCUUCUCGCACUCGAUUUUUCUCACCCCGUCGGGAGUCGCUGUAAGAGCGAGAUGGAGGGCAAAAAAGUCGAGCAGUUUUACUCUCCGCCGCCAAAGCUUGGGAAAUGGGAAGGCUUCCGCGUCUUCCUCUGGAACUCCGAAACGGGACAAUUCCUGGGCCGCACUGGCGCUAGUUGGGCUAAAAUUUUGCUGUUCUACGUAAUUUUCUAUGCCGUCCUCUCCGGCUUCUUCGGUGCGAUGCUCGCUGUGUUCUAUCAAACGUUGGAUCCGAACGCGCCGAAGUGGCAGCUAGAUAAUUCGCUGAUUGGCAGCAAUCCGGGUCUCGGUUUUAGGCCUAUGCCUCCUGAAAGCAACGUCGAAAGUACUUUGAUUUGGUACAAGGCUAGCGAUGAGGGUAAUUAUCUUCACUGGACUAGAGAAUUGGACAAAUUUUUGGAAGAAUAUCAAAGGUCACCGGGUGCGAACUACGAGAGAGUAAAUUGCGAUUACGGUAGGCCAGCACCAGCAGGCAAAGUCUGCGAUGUAGACAUGACGAGUUGGGGACAAUGCACGAAGCUCAACAAAUAUGGUUUUAGCAGAUCCGCACCUUGCAUUUUUUUGAAACUGAAUAAGAUUUUUGGAUGGGAACCGAAAUUUUAUAACAAUACCAAAGAUUUGCCGGCUUUGAUGCCAGCGGAUCUUAAGGAGCAUAUCAGACAAGAAGAAAAAGCCAAUAGAUUGGAUACUGUUUGGGUGUCUUGUGCUGGUGAAAACCCUGCCGAUGUGGAGAAUAUGGGUGCAAUUCAAUACAUACCACGUCGAGGUUUUCCUGGCUACUACUUCCCAUUUAAGAAUACCCAAGGAUAUUUGAGCCCUCUUGUAGCUGUGUUCUUCGAAAAGCCCAAGUACGGCGUACUCAUUAAUAUCGAAUGUAAGGCAUGGGCGCACAACAUCAUCCACGACAGAUUUGAGAGACGUGGCUCGGUGCACUUCGAAUUGAUGGUGGACUAAACCCUAUCAGAUCAUCAUCGCUACUAACCGCGUCCAAGUAGGAAGCCGCAAGAGAAUAGAACAGAAAGAAGACAUUUCUUUUUUAACCUGCCUCGUUGGCCGACCGCGAUCACACCCUGUACCAUCCGGUUUUCUCUCUGCCCGAUGAUACCGCUCCGGAUUAGCCUUACUUCUUCUCACUAUCAUCAUUUCAUCAGCUCAUCGUCUUCAUCGUACUUACAACGAUUAUAACAGCGUUAUCCAUCUAUCAUGUCAAUUGCCAAGAGAAGGAUACAAAAGGGAAAAAAGAAAAAAGGGAAGACGAGAGAAAGAAA